GCAGCCACCCCAUGGCAGAAUCGCUUCCUGCAUAUCCGUAAGCUAUCCUUUUCCAUCCCUCCCAUGCCUUCUCAACUCCAUAUAUAAAUCCAUCCUCCAUCACCUCCCUUUCUUCCACACACCGCCUUCUCUUUAGCCAAAUAAGAAGCAAACAGCACUGCCGCGACUCCAUGUCUCUGCGCCCCUCGGCUCCCAGGACCUGCCGCCUCUUCUGGUGCUACCAGUGUCACCGCGCCGUCCGCAUCAUCUGCUCCCCGGCCGCCGACGUCCUCUGCCCCCGCUGCUACGGCCGCUUCCUGCAUGAGAUCGACCUGCCCCGCCCUCGCCUCGUCGUCGAGCUCACCCCCGUCCGCCCCCUCCGCGACCACCCUCUCUUCCCCCCGCCCGCAUGGCGCCGCUACGCCGAGCUCGACCGCGUCCGGCAGCUGGACUCCGACGACGGCAGCCGCAACCCUUCCGGUUCUUGGAUCGUCUUCAGGAGGACCACGGAUGACCGCCCCGUCGACCCUGGCCCUCGGCGUCCCCUGACCCCCGCUCCUCCUCGCCGAGAAGAGCCGUCGAUUCCUGCGGCGGUGCGCCCGGCUGACUACUACACCGGUCCUAAUUUGAACGAGCUGAUCAAUGAGCUCACCCAGAACGACCGCCCGGGGCCACCGCCCGCGCCGGCUCCGGCUAUCGAGGCAAUGCCCACUGUCUCCAUAACGGAGGCCCACCUGACCGACGGCUCGCAGUGCCCGGUCUGUAAGGAGGAGUUCAGCCUCGGCGAGGAAGCGAGGGAGAUGCCCUGCAAGCAUGUGUACCAUUCCGAAUGCAUCGUUCCAUGGCUCAGCAUGCACAAUUCGUGCCCGGUAUGCCGGUUUCAGCUGCCGGGUGCGGGGAACGGCGGCGGGCAGGAGAACAGAGCUAGUGGCAGCUCGAACACAGGCAGUGGUCGGAGCCGCCGACAGGACCGAUGGAACCCCUUCUUCCAGCUGUGGCCCUUUCGAGAGUCAUUGCACACCGGGGACUACCAGUACCGGGGACUCGAGGAGCACGAAGACAUUUUUAGUAGCCCUGGUGGUAAUGAUUCGAGAGUCCUUCCAGCUUUUCUUCUCAUCUCCUUGUAUUUCUGCGUCUUCUCAUACUUCCUUUGAAACAACUGCACAAUUUCACACUUGGGAAAGUUGGAGGUCUCAGCAUCAUCAUGCAGAAUGUUAUUACAUGAACUCUAUAUCCGAUCAUGUAUUUACAGCAUAUAAAGCUUAAAAAUCUUGCAAAGCCUUCUAUUCAUGGUGGCGCUCUUUAUUUCUUCUCUAGCAGUUCUUCUAGUGGUGCAGUCAUUCUCAAAAGGCCAAAGGGAGGCCUGCUUAGUGGACAUCGUCAAACGAAGGCUGGGAAUGCUGAUCCCAGAUCAUCCAUUGAAGCUUCACGGAAGAAGAAAUAUUGAGUAGAUAUUUUUACGAAGAAAGAACACAGCUACACAUCUUUAUGUAAUCAUCUGCUAUGUACAAGGUUAAUUCAUCGACAUAAGACCUCAAAAAAUAGUGGUCAAGGUGUAUCUCUUUCAAUGACCUGAAUGGCUUAUAAUUGUGAUUAAACAUUAUAUAUUGAU